GUAGACCUCAAGGCCCGUAGGCUUGCAUAACAGAGGCUUGAUUACCUACUUAGGGAUUAGUCAAUGUGCCCGACAUCCGUUUUUCAGCCAGCUUCGCAUACGGCUGAACGAGUGCCCGGAGCGAUUCCUUUUCGUAGGGCUGGUAUCCACAACGUUAUGUUGUUCAUCCGAGGGCACCAUGUGGGCUCGUCCGGUGUAGUCGUCGUAACAUCGAGCUGGCUGUAUAUCUAGGCUGCUGUCCGCCUACCAUGGCAUCCCAGAACAGCACCAAGAUCUUCUCCAGCUUCCAACAGCGAACAGUACCUUUCCGCAUUUGUAUUCAAGGAUCUCUUUGGCAGUUUCCUGUCUUCUGGCUCCUAGCGGCGGAAAUUCGUCAUGGCGACCCCUUCCUCAGUGUCCCUUUCAGAGGGACCGAAAUUGGAAAUCCCUGAGAUACUACCCUCCGCGGCACCAAACCAAGACUCUGUCUCCGAGAAGUCACAAGAGUCAUCAGAGUCGACCUUCAAUCCAGGAUGGCGGUUCCUGGCUGCAUUCGCCAGUCUUUCCGUCAUCACACUGAUGGCGGCUCUAGACGCGACCUCGAUAUCCGUGGCUCUUCCAAUCAUGGCCCGGCUUCUAGGUGGCUCCGCCAUUGAAGCAUUCUGGAGUGGCACCAGUUUCCUCCUGACAUCGACCGUCUUCCAGCCCGUCCUUGGCUCUUUCUCCCACAUCUUCGGACGCAAGCCUCUGAUCUAUCUCAGCUUGGUCCUUUUCGCAGCGGGUGCAAUCAUUGCGGCCUUAGCGAAUAACUUCACCGUCAUCUUGGUCGGUCGAAGCAUCCAAGGUGUGGGUGGCGGAGGCAUCAUUGCCCUCACGGAAAUCGUUGUCACUGAUAUGGUCCCCUUAAGAGAGCGGGGAAAGUGGUUCAGUUUGAUAUCUGGGAUGUGGGCGAUUGGUACCGUAGCAGGGCCACUGCUUGGUGGUGGCUUCUCUCAGAACGUCUCCUGGCGCUGGGUCUUCUGGAUCAAUCUCCCGUUCAUCGGUAUCGGCGGCAUCAUGAUUACGCUCUUCCUCAAGCUCAACUACAAGACGAGCUCCUUCAUCGCCAAGCUACGACGGGUCGACUGGGUCGGGAUGGUCCUGUUUCUUGGAUCGACAACGGGCUUUCUCAUUCCCAUUACAUGGGGUGGAGUGCAGUACCCAUGGGAUUCCUGGAGGACGCUUGUUCCGAUGCUUGUCAGCGCGGCAGGCCUCGUGGCUUUCGUCAUCCACCAGGAAUAUAUCGCGCCCGAGCCUCUUAUCCGAACGAGUGUGUUCAAGAAUACUACAGCGGCGGUAACCUACCUCGAGACGGUCAUCCAUGGCAUCAUUCUUUGGUCUGUUUUGUACUACCUUCCCCUCUACUAUGAGGCCGUCAAGGGAAUGACCCCCAUCGUGGCCGGCAUCGCUCUCUUCCCGCAGACCUUCACGGUUGCGCCGGCGGCUAUGAUUGUUGGAGCCACCAUCGCAAAGACGGGCAAAUACCGCUGGGCGAUUUGGGCGGGAUGGUUUCUCACAACCUUUGGAAUGGGUCUUCUCAUCUUACUUAAGCCUGACACCACGACUGUCGAGUGGAUCUUCCUCAAUCUUGUCGGCGGACUCGGAACCGGCAUGCUGUUCCCCGCGAUGGCCAUUGCGACGCAAGCCUCCGCCAUGAGCAAAGACCAGGCCUACGCCUCGAACAUCUUCUCCUUCCUACGUGCCUUUGGACAAACAAUAGGCGUCGCCAUCGGCGGCGUGAUCUUCCAGAACCAGAUGAAAAAGAAGAUGCUCACGUUCCCUCUGCUCGCCGACAAGGCGGCCGAGUACUCAAAGGAUGCGGCUGGUCUGGUCGAAAUCAUUAAGGCUUUACCUGCGGGUGAGAUGAAAGACCAGCUGCGCGAGAGCUACACGGAUGCGCUUAAGUACAUAUGGAUCGUUAUGACGGUCUUCGCGGCAGUCGCGCUCAUUGCGAGCGCCUUUACGAAAGCGUAUCCCCUGGAUCGAGCACUGGAGACGGAACAGGGGUUCAAGGAAAAGAGGAGGUCGAAGGAUGUAGAGCAGGAGGCACAGUAAGGCGGGCACGCGGUGUCGUACAAACGGGUGUGCCACCGGACGGGUCGAUUUCCUUCCUUCUGCAUAUCGCAUCAGCGCGGCGUUGGAUAUAGAGCGGUUGAUUUCAUGGAAGGAUGGCUGAAUGGGCAUGGAUGUACUGAUACCUUAGAAGAUAGAUGGGAUGGUCCGACCCGACUCUGGAUACUUAAUGUUUAGUCCUGUACUUUUGGG